UGUUGAUGUUCAGGCUGCUGGAGGAGCACCUGCAGGCGUGGCGGCUCGCCGUCCAAUCAGAGCAGGGCAUCCUGGAGGACAGAUGCUCUGAGAUGGAGGUCACCAUGGACAAGCUGAGAGAGCACAACCUGAGUCUGCAGGGCGUGCUCACACAGGCUCUGAACAGGAUGGAGGCUCAACAACACGCCAACAACACGCCACGAGGCGUCGACUCGGAGACAAACACAGACGAGGAGGAAGAAGAAGUGCUGCUGAAUGUUCAGAUGGAGGCUCAACAACACGCCAACAACGCGCCACAAAGCGUAGAGGAAGACGAGGAGGAAGAAGUGCUGCUGAAGACAGAGGAUGAGUGGAGUGAGGACAAAGAAAAAACUCCAUCUCCCACAAUACAUCUGGACACACCUGUGUCAUAUGACACCCACUGUGAAGAGGAGGACGCUGCAGGUGACAGGUUUCUCUGUCAUCCAGUAGGACAACAGGAUGAACCAGAGGAGGCGGAGCCACAGGAAGAGAACACCUGUCUGUCUGAAGAAGAAGAGAAGCAUUAUGGGACGUGUAGUCCAGAGGAGCUGCUGCAGGAGACUGUUGAGAGACUGAAGCUUGUGAUGGAGACAGACAGGUGGAGAGAGAGACAGACAGGUGAGAGGAAGAGGGCGGAGCUUCUGGAGGCUGCGGGCCAGGUGGGAGACUCAAUACACCACCUGGUGGACGCUGUGAGAACAAACACAUGACCAGGUGACUCAGGUUAUAAAAGUUGUUUAUUCAACGUAUCAAUAUUUAAAGUUAUAAAACGUUGUGACACCAACAACGCGACAUAUUAACACCAGUACCUGAAGAAACAGCACCUCACCUGUCGGACACAAGCUGCAGGUGUGUUUAGUGUUUAGAAAGACGCCAACAUUAGAAUAAAAUCACAUCAGUUCCAACUUUCAGCUUCCAUUUGUGUGCACACUUUGUUUAAUUAGCAUGAUUCUUAACUACAUUUUCAUACCAAAUUAAAAUUUCGAGUUCACGUUUUAUUUCAAUGAGAUGAGAUUUCAUGUGUAACAAAAUGUUUUUCUUUUCAUGCUGCAGGACAAACAUUUAAUGAUUUAUAUUUUCAUGAUUUCUGACAAAAAAAAAAGCUUCACUCCUGCAAUGAGUUUUAUUUCCAUCAUGGAUGAAA